AUGAGAGUGCGGGAGGCUAUGCCUGGGAGCGUCCAGAGCCCUGGAGCUGUCCACGGUGUCUCCACUGAGCUCCACGACCUGGCAAUGGGAGCCCCCAGAGCCAUCCUGCUCUGCCUCUAUGGGUCUGUUCUCUGCCUGACAGUGACCCAGGCCCUGCAAUGCUACAGCUUUCAACACGUCUACUUCGGGCCCUUUGACCUCAGUGCCAUGAAACUUGCCAACAUCUCCUGUCCCUAUGGAUGCUCUGAGGCUGUCCUGUCGCUGGACACUGCGCCCAACCCGCCCACGCUCAGCGGCACCGAGUGCUACGCCUGCGUGGGCACCCGCCCGGAGGACUGCACCCUGAGGAAGUCCCGACGGGUCCAGUGCCACCAGGACCAGAGCGUCUGCUUCCAGGGCAAUGGCGAAAUGAGCGUUGACAAUUUCUCAGUCCCUGUGUACAUCAGAACCUGCCACCGGCCCUCCUGCACCGUCUUGGGCACCACCAGCCCCUGGACAGACAUCGACCUCCAGGGCUUCUGCUGUGAGGGGCCCCUGUGCAACGGGGGCUCCGUGACCCAGCCCUUCACCAUCGCUUCGGCCACCGCGCCUCCCCUGGCACCGCACUUCCUGGCUCUGCUCCUCAUAAUUCCUUUGCUGGUGGGCACCCUGGGAGGACCCCUCUGCCUCUCCCCAUAGACAGCCCCUUUAACCUCUUCGUGAGCAGGAUGCUGGGGGCAGGGCAUGCCCCCCCACACACACACACACUGCUUCAGCCCCUGUAAUGUGGGAAAUGACGCAAAUAUAUAGUUUCAUUCCUGUCUCUCUCCCUCCCACUUCCCUAUGCUGCCCCACCCUCACCUGCUCAGCAGGCCUGGCAGAAAUGGGGUGAGGUCCCCAGCAUCCUAGGGUGGGGACACACAGCCACAUCCUGCACUGCAUGAAGAGCAAACCUGACAAUAGAUAUUAUGUGCUGAGCACCAGCGAGGCCCAGCACCCCAUGACCCCACUCCCUGUGCUCUCCCCACCCCCAGCCCGGAGCCUAGGGCUGCUCCAGCAGGCAGCUAUGAUGAUGUCUCUAUUAUCAUCAUGAGAAGCUCGAGAGGCAGUUAUCAUAAAAGUCCGGAGCCCAGGCUCUGGAGCCAGGCCAAAUGGGUUCGAGUCCCAGCUCUACCUUUUAGCCUGUGGGGAACUUGGGCAAGUUACUUACCCUCUCUGCACCUGUGUUUCCUCACCUGUAAGGCAGAAGUGAAAAUAAAGCCUACGAUGAUGACAGAACCUGCUUCACAGUAGGUUAUGGUUGUGGUCGGCAUUUAA